AUGGGUUCAAUGGAGACGGAACCGCUAGUAUCAGCGUUUUCUGCAGUGGAGGAAAUUCCUCGAUCAAAUUCGAAGCAUGCAUCCGAUGGCGAAGUUGAGAAAAUUCUCUCAGACGAUACCGUCCCUUUCCUCCACCGUAUGGGAUCCGCCGCGUUGGUGGAGUUGAGGCUCCUCUUCUUCCUCGCUGCCCCUGCGGUGGUUGUCUACCUCAUCAACUACGUCAUGUCCAUGUCCACGCAAAUUUUCUCCGGUCACCUCGGUAACCUCGAACUCGCCGCCGCCUCCCUUGGUAACACUGGCAUCCAAAUCUUCGCUUAUGGACUCAUGGUAUCCACGUUGAUCUCUGAUCCUAUUCUAUUUCAUCUUAAUUACCAUGUAUAA